AUGUGUGUCUGUUUGUGUUGUCAAAGCUUUAUCGGCAAAUGGGUGGUGGUCUACCCGAGGGAAGGCCUUUUGUUGUUGUUGUUGUUGUUGUCUUAUUGGGGAAGAAGUCAGCGCAUAGAAUUUUUUUUAAAAGAAAAAAUGGUGGCAAAUUUGGGUAAUAUUCUUUUUCUUUCUAUUUCUUUAAAAAGAAAAAAACGGUAUUAUAACAACAUCUCGGCUAGAGUAUAUAUAUAUAUGUAUAUUACCUCCAACGUGCCGUCACGUUUUGUGCUUCUUAAUCUAUAUAUUUAUCUCUCGGUACUGUUUUUUAUGCCUUACCCGACAAGUUACCAUAUUGCCCUUUGUCAAGCAACAAAACGCAAAGAACGUGGUUCGUUGAGAAUGAAUGUUUUUGAUUCCAACAGCAUGCUCUGUCAAGUUGUUAGCAAUAUCACAGACCCGGUGGAACUUUUCAUCGAACCAGAAAUGACUGUGGGUGAGGUGCGUGCAUUGGUUGCGGAGAUGACAGUUGACUCCAACGAUUGGAAUGUUCGUCUCACAUUCCAAGGUCACACUUUAGAGGACGACGAGGAGACAUGGAGUUCCGUGACUCAGCAGUACCCCGUCGCACAAGGAGUUGCUCCUAAACUCUUUUCACAUGCAUCUAAGAAACGAGAAGAAAAGGCGCGACGACCGGUGAGUUUACCUCUGAUGGAAGAACAAAAGGAUCGACAGCAGGCAAAACUUAUGGAACCGAUAAUCGACACGUUGGUUAACGAUCCAAAUUUUUCGGAGAUGAUGAUCUCGGGUCAGCCGUCGCUUCGUCGUUUGAUUGAUGCGAACCCGGAGGUGGGGCGCUUGUUCCGGAACCCAGAAACCCUCAAGAGUCUCAUUAUGUCACAAAUCGACCCUGAUCAGCGAAGGGCAAUGAAUCGAAAUGUGCAGUUGCAGUUGGCACAAAUUAGCGCGAUUCCCGGUGGUGAGCAGCUUCUUGAACGGUAUACCAGUGGGCUUAUGGACGAUAUGGACCUAAACUUGGACCUUGUGAGGAACACAAAGAUUAAGGUUCCAGAAGACGAAAAAGAUGAUAAUUCCGAGUCUGUGAGAGGGGUAAAUAGCGAAGCCCUUCCAAACCCUUGGAGUCAGUCGACUAACACCGCCGACUCGGGUAACACAAACACUUUUAGUAACGCCGCGAUGAACCUUUUUGGGAUUCCUGGGAAUGUGGGCCAUCCGAGUUUAGGAAACCUUUUUGGGUCCGGUUUGGGGGGACCGUUUCCUUUUAUGUCUCCCGGCAUCUCAAUACCCCAAACAGGCGUAACCGCAUCGCAACGGGGAGAUGACGCCACGCGGUGGUCUCAGCAACUCGCCAUGUUGAAGGAUAUGGGUUUCAUGGAUGAAGAGUUGUGUUUGGACGCACUUCGAAUGACUAAUGGAGAUGUGGACAUGGCAGUAAACUUCAUUGUGAACAAAGAUAGCUCUUGA